CGGCAGCCAUUGGCUUUGAGUAGGCCUCAGGCCUCAGGCGGGCGGGCGGUGUGCAUGGCAACGGCAUGGAGUCGGGCCCUCAGCUCACGAUCAACCAGCGCUUCGCCGGCCGUUACGAGCGCUACCGGCAGAAGGAGGAGCUGCAGCGGCUAAAGGAUCGUUAUGGUGAUGGGGCUGGGGAAGAAGACAGUUCUUCAAGCUCUGAAUCAGAUGAGAGUGAAUUGGAAACUGACCCCACAUUGGACAUUGACUUCUACAAGACUCUUUCCUUGUUGAAGAAGAAGGAUCCCAAAAUCUACCAAAAAGAUGUGCAGUUUUACACAUCAGAUGAUGUUGGAAAUGAAGGCAGCAAGGGGAAACCAGGAAACAAAAAGAAAAAGGAAAAGCCAAUGUACCUAAAGGAUUAUGAACGGAAGGUCAUUCUUGAGAAAGAGGGAAAAUAUGAGGAUGAUGACAGUGAUGACGAAGAAACAAGAGCUAAAAUAGAGAGAGCAGCAUCUCCCAGUUACAUAGAAGAACAAAAACAACUGAAAGAAAGCCUCUGUAAGUUUGUUGACGACAGCGAAGAGGACAGAGAGAGUGGGGAUGACGGCACUGGUUUUCUGAAACUGCGGGUGAAGUCUGAAGAAGAAAAGGAAAAAGAAGAAGAGUUUUAUAUCAGUUGGCUGAGAGGACAAAAUGAUUUGGAAGACAAAGAGCAGCUAAAAGAUAUACAAUACCUCCGAGAUUACUGGAAUGAUCCUCAAUUGGAUGAAGGGGAGAAGUUUCUGCGGGACUAUGUUCUCAAUAAAAAAUAUCUUGAUGAGGAUGAGGAGGAAGAAGACAGGAUACCUACUUACGAUGAAAUCGUUCAAGACGAUGUAGACGACUCCUCGGAUGAAGGGGAGGAAUUUCUAAAGAAACAGGAAGACUUUGAAAGAAAAUAUAAUUUCCGAUUCGAGGAACCAGGUGCAGAAUUAAUCAAAUCAUACCCAAGAACCAUUGCAAGCUCAGUCAGAGCGAAGGACAUUCGAAGAAAACAGAAAAGAGUCGAAAUUAAGCAACGGAAGAAAAGCGAGAAGGAAAAGAAGAAAGAGGACCUGAAGCAGCUGAAGAAGCUGAAGAGGAUGGAAAUAAUGAACAAACUGAACCGCCUAAAGGAGAUAACUGGGAAUGAAACCAUUGGUUUCAAUGAGGAGCACCUGGAGGAAGACUUCAACCCAGCCAAGCACGACCAGCUCAUGCAGCGAUUCUUCAAUGAUGACUAUUACGGAGUCGAAGAUGAACAGAAGCCACAGUUUGAGAAUGAGGAGGAAUUUGGAGAUGAGUGGAACUGGGACACAUGGACUGGGAAGGAAGCAGACUGGACAGAGAGAGGGGGAGAAGACCAGUGGCCAGAAGAGAGUUGUGAACCACACUGUGAUGAUCCAGAUUUCAUUAUGGAUGCAGAUUAUGAUCCCAGUCAGACGGUGGUCCCCUCCAAGAAGAAAAAGAAACAAGAUGUUCCGCUCAUGGGCAAGAAAAGACGGAAAUCUAAAUUUGCAGAGGCAGUUUGCAAGAUGAAGCCAGCUUUUGAUCCAAAGGACAAGACCUUUGAGCAGUACUUAGAUGAGUAUUACCAGCUGGAUUAUGAAGAUAUCAUCGAUGACUUGCCCUGCAGGUUUAAGUACAGAUGGGUGUUGCCCAAUGACUUUGGCCUCAGUACAGAAGAGAUUUUGGCAGCAGAUGAUAAAGAACUGAAUGCUUGGUGUUCGUUAAAGAAAACCUGUCAGUUCAGAACAGAGAAAGAAGAGGUACUUGACCUGAAGAUUUACAAGAAGAAAGCACAGAAUUCCUGGAAAAAACAGCAGACCUUUAAGUCUCUGGCGCUGCAGGAAGAAGAAUCUCAGACUGACGAGGCUGCUGGCAGAGCCAAGAUGGGCAAGAAGCGCAGGGAUAAAGUGCAAACGGCAAGGCUGCUGGAGGAAGGAGUGGCAGCAGAGAUGGAGAGCACGAAUACCAGCCCGAUGGGUGGGUGGCUGGAGGCCGGGAUGGGUGGACCAGAUGCUGAGGUGGAUGAAGCCGUCCUGAUUGGCAGCGUGAACGCAACGUCGGCGGCGGAGGAAGCACCGGGAACGUCCCCUGCUCCCCCAGCCGCCCUGGGGGAAAAGGCGGCGCAGCCCGCUAAGAAGAAGAAACUGCGAAGGAGAAACGUGCGGCUGGGCUCGCGGGUGAAGAUGGGUGGCCGGGUGUUCAGUGGCUCCAGGCUGCAGGCGUACGGGCUGGACCCACGCAAGCUAAGAUACAAGCUGAUGAACAGAGGAAAGAAGAAACAAGGAAAGAAGCAAACAAGAGCCUGAUUUAUUGUUGAUGAACAAGGUCAUUUUGUGAAAACUUGGGAAACUUGACACCGUGUUAUGUUCUAAGCAAGCCCGGGAGAACAUCACCUCACGAAGCAGGGAUGGCAGGAAAAAACGUGUUGCUUUCCAUGGAGAGUCUCGUGGCCAUCUUGGAAGAUGUUCUCAGUAGCCCGUUACACCAGUCUCCUCUUAGCUCACUGCCAGAACUCUAUGAAUUAUAAUACAUCCUUCCCCUGAGCUCCUUUUAUAGAUUUUUAAUGAUUAUGAAUAAAAGAUGGUGUUAAAAUUUCA